CUUUACCCAUUCUCGAACUCUCUUCCCCCUUCGAUUCCUCCCUACUCAUUCAUUCUCUCCGCCCAUCCCGAGCGAGCGGCCUCCUCCUCGUCCUCUCCCCCUCUGUCUUACACCUCUUGCCUCCUGCUACCACCUCCCUUUUCUGCAAUAGUCUGCUUUGCUUUGUGUGCACGCUGCAUCAUGGUGCAUGUGGGUUGCAUCUGGGGUCUCUCCUUGUUCCUGUCUCUGAGUUUAGGAUGGACGAAGGCUCAGCAGACCAAUAGCACCAGGCCUGUGUUCCUCUGCGGAGGAGACCUGGUCGCAGACUCAGGCUUUGUUGGCAGUGAAGGGUUCCCAAGCUUUUACAAACCCAACAGCAAAUGUACCUGGCGUAUCACCGUCCCAGAGGGAACUGUGGUCAUGCUCUCUUUCCGCAUUUUUGACCUGGAGGCUGACUCACAAUGCCGCUACGACUAUCUGGAUGUUUACAAUGGCCAUUCCAAGUUGGUGCAAAAACUAGGCCGCUUUUGUGGAACUUUCCGGCCUGGCGCUCUUAUUUCUACCACAAACACCAUGAUGCUGGAGAUGGUGUCUGAUGGAGAGACGCAGGGAAGGGGGUUUGUGGCCUAUUUCAGUGGAGCUAAACCAUACGUAGAUGACCAGCAGUUCUGUGGGGGGAAGAUAACAAAGGCUCAGGGAGAGAUCAAGACACCCAACUGGCCUGACAAGAAAUACCCACCAGGAACCAGCUGCUCCUGGCUUAUCACUGUGGAGCCCGAUAUGGUAAUCCAGGUGAACUUUGAUAAGUUCGUCUUGGAGGAUGACACCUAUUGUCGCUUUGACUAUGUGGCAUUCUUUAAUGGCGGAGAGAAAGAUGAUUCACGGCUGAUUGGGAGAUACUGUGGCGAUCAGUCCCCACAGCCCAUUAUUACCAGCAGCAACGUGCUACUGGUCCAGUUUGUGUCUGACCUCAGUGUGACAUCUGAUGGGUUCCUCGCUUACUAUACAAGCAUCCCCCGUGGGUCUCAGAUACCAACUGUUGACGCAGGACCUGGUACAAGGUCCAUCCCUUCAAACCCUGCAGUAAAAGCCAUUGAACCUAAGAGUCCCGCCACCACUGUAAAGCCACCCAUCCCCACUACCAAACAUGUGCCCACCAAGAGACCCAAACCAGUCAAGCCAGCGAGAGGCCGCGGACAGGGCACCACAGGCCAGGACAGGAGGGUGCCUGUCACAAGGCCAAAUGGAAAUAGGCCUGUCCCUCAAAAUCCUCUGUGUGCCAAAGCCUGUAAAAGAGAUGGAACCAUCAAGACCAGCUUCUGUGCCAGUGAAUUUGUGUUAACCGGGAAGGUGACAUCUCUGGCCCCUGGGCCCCGAGGCACACUUCUUGUUAGCGUGUCCCUCAUUAAGGCCUACAAGGCAGGUCGGCUAACAAUCACGCAAGUCGGAGAGACCAUGUCGGUGAAGCUGGUGUCACAGUGCAAGAAGUGCCCGAUGCUCCGCAGAGGUGCCAACUACAUUAUCAUGGGUCAAGUGGCUGAAGAUGGACGUGGAACCCUGGAACCUGGUGCAUUCACAGCUCCAUACAAAGCCCCACAUCACAAAUUAUUAAUGAAUAUCAACAACCAACCCUGUUAACCUCAAGUCUGUCCAGGCCAGGAAAUUUAAACAACAUAUCAAACACAAAUCCAAAUAUUACAAUGUGAAAUCAAUGUGAGAUCUAAUAUUACAGUAAACUAUAACUGCAGUUUUAUCCACCAUUUUAAAGGAAUACAAAUUUAUUCAAACACAUGCCAAACCUUAUGUUUGUAAUUUAUAUUUGAAUAAAGGUUAUAUAUCUCUUUCA